AUGUCCCGCCACGUCGAUGAGCGAGAACACAGCAUGGAGCUUCAUCUGCCCUACAUACACCGUAAGCUGCAGCUUACAUUUCCUGGACGUCCUGCCUCGGAGUAUCCUCCCCUCGUUCCAAUUAUGGUCGGAAGCACCAAUGCCGAAAUAGAGCGUGCUGUUGGUGCACUGCUUGCUCCCUAUUUGGCUGACCAGUCAAAUGCAUUUAUCAUCAGCUCUGACUUCUGCCACUGGGGUCAGCGAUUCGCGUAUACAUAUUACGUGCCGGAUGCACCACAGCAGAAACCGAUUCUGCCCUUGUCCUUUGACCAUCUGCCGCAGCCGCCUACAUCUGUCUCCGAGGCCAAGGAAGCUAUAAGCGCGGUAUCAGGUCGAUGGCUGCGCAGUAACCGUGAGCUACGCACAGAAAUAUACGACAGUAUAUCAGCAGUCGACAUCGCGACGAUGAAAGCUAUUACGACGGGAAGCACGGCACAGUUCCUGAAGAUACUGAAAACUACGGGCAACACGGUCUGCGGACGCCAUCCUAUUGGUGUAAUUAUGGCCGCAUUAGAAGAGUUCGCCUCGGCUACAGGGGACGAAGUAGGAAAGUUUCACUUUAUUAGCACGACUAUAUACGUUUUCCGCCGUUGUGCUGGUGAUAUGGCGAGGUUCAAAAAUGCUGGUGUCCAUUCCUGGGAAGAUGUGCUCGCCCAGCGAUAUCAAAAUGACAAGCCCUCGUCUCUGCCUCGGUACAGACGGCGCAAAGGCAACAUUAGAGGGCCAGCACCACGGGGACUCGAUAUAACCCGACAGCCGGAUCAACAACCACAGUGCCUGUUACUGAACAGACUACCCCCAGAACUGCGCCUUGCGAUUUGGGAGAUUGUGCUAGGUAAUCUGCAAUUGCACAUUAUCCAGCGAUCUCAUAGACGACUGGGCUGCGUCGUUUGUCCUCAAAAUGGCUCGUGUGAUAUCUGCCGAGGAGUACUCCUGCAACCGGUCAAGAAUAUCGAGACAUGCUCAAAAGCGAACUUGCUCUCGUUGCUGGUGACAUGUAAACAAAUGUAA